ACGUCUCAAACGGAAGGUGAUUGUCGUCGGAGCCUGAGCAGGUUUGAAACUGGGGGUCGGACCCGGCGGUUGUCGUUGUCUGUCGUUGUCUGUCGCUGAGGCCCCGCUUCCGGGCUCGGCCGUCCCUGCCCACCCGGGCCCCGCCUCUCUUCGGACCCUUAGGUCCCAGGCUCGGCUCCCCGCCUGACUCGCGCCCCGCCCGCCGCGUCCCGCUGCCGACCGGGCCCGCACUGCGGCCCCGCCGCAGCCACCAUGUCCCUGCACGGCAAACGGAAGGAGAUCUAUAAGUAUGAAGCGCCCUGGACCGUCUACGCCAUGAACUGGAGCGUGCGGCCUGACAAGCGCUUUCGCCUGGCGCUGGGCAGCUUCGUGGAGGAGUACAACAACAAGGUUCAGCUUGUUGGUUUAGAUGAAGAGAGUUCGGAGUUUAUUUGCCGAAACACCUUUGACCAUCCAUACCCCACCACAAAGCUCAUGUGGAUCCCUGACACAAAAGGCGUUUAUCCAGACCUACUGGCGACAAGUGGUGACUAUCUCCGUGUGUGGAGGGUUGGUGAGACGGAGACCAGACUGGAAUGUUUGCUAAAUAAUAACAAAAACUCAGAUUUCUGUGCUCCUCUGACCUCCUUUGACUGGAAUGAAGUGGAUCCUUAUCUUUUAGGUACCUCCAGCAUUGAUACAACUUGUACCAUCUGGGGGCUGGAGACAGGGCAGGUGUUGGGGCGAGUGAAUCUUGUGUCUGGCCAUGUGAAGACCCAACUGAUUGCCCAUGAUAAAGAGGUCUAUGAUAUCGCAUUUAGCCGGGCUGGCGGUGGUAGGGACAUGUUUGCCUCUGUGGGUGCUGAUGGCUCGGUGCGGAUGUUUGACCUCCGCCAUCUAGAACACAGCACCAUCAUUUAUGAAGACCCACAGCAUCACCCACUGCUUCGCCUCUGCUGGAACAAGCAGGACCCUAACUACCUGGCCACGAUGGCCAUGGAUGGGAUGGAGGUAGUGAUUCUGGAUGUCCGAGUUCCGUGCACGCCUGUCGCAAGGUUAAACAACCACCGAGCAUGCGUCAAUGGCAUUGCGUGGGCCCCACAUUCAUCCUGCCACAUUUGCACUGCAGCGGAUGACCAUCAGGCUCUCAUCUGGGACAUCCAGCAAAUGCCCCGGGCCAUCGAGGACCCUAUCCUGGCCUACACAGCUGAGGGAGAGAUCAACAACGUGCAGUGGGCAUCGACUCAGCCCGACUGGAUCGCCAUUUGCUACAACAACUGCCUGGAGAUACUCAGAGUGUAGUGUUGGAGGCGCCAUGUUCACGAGGCAGGGGUUUCGUGUUUCCCGCCUCUGCCCCACCCCAAAGUAAGAAGAAACAUGUUUCCAGUGGCCAGUGUGUCUUUCAUUGCUUUGCACCCACUGUUACCAGAAGCUGCUCUAGGAGUUCCUGGCCAGUCACCCCAUUGCUCUCUGUGCUACACUUAGGGCUGUGUGGCACCUCCUCAGCCCAGGGCUGAGUUUUAAGAUUUUCUCUCCUUUCUUCUUCUUCAGUUCCUCAAUUAAAAAUUUCUGUAUAUUAGUUUGUCAGCCGUUGUGUUAAUGAGCAUUACGGGCACUGGCUAUGUUUGUAUUCAUCUGCCCCAGAUGUCUCUGUCUGUCUGUUGCCCAAGGCAGCAAUCUCUGUCCAUGUCCGUGUUAGCACUUAAGUGGGAACAAAUACCAAUUUGAAGUUGUCUUUCCUCCUAUUAUCAAUGUCUGUAACAAAUUCCAACUUUGUAUAUUUUUUAUCUACCAGGCUAAUUUUUUUAUGAAAAGAAUUUUACUCUCUGGUUUUUUCCUUUGUUUCAUAGUCCUCCCUGAUAGCACCUUCCUCUCCUCCCUCAGUGCCCGAACCUGGCACGAGGCCCUUGACCCCAUGAGCAGUUGCCUUCUUGCGUCACUGCCUGAGCAGAACAGACCUGACUGGGAGUCCCAAACCGCCUUGGUGCUCUGAAGCUGGCCAGCUCUCACACCUUUUUUCAGUCUGGCUCUUCUCAAGGGCAUUCUGGGCUCCAAAACACACAUGUGAAGCCUUCUGUACUCGCCGAAGUACCUCUGUCCAACCCCACUGGGACCUGUUGGGAACGUGCUAGAGCAGAAAUAGGCUGAUUGGGGUACCUGACUUGAGGGGAACAGUUUCAGGAAAGCUGAGCCUAGAGCAUAUUUCCAGUACAUAGUUUCAGAGUCUGUUUUUCCCUCCAAAUAAAAGCCCCAGGCCAUUCUGUUUCAUGUCUUGAAUGAUGGACAAAAAUGAUCUAUAAGUUGAACUUUGGUAUCUCUGUUUGUUUAGUUAACUGUGACUGGUGGUAUAUCAGCCACUCUUUGGAUUGAGAGCUCUGAGGUGAGAGACUCCGGCUUGAGAGGCACACAAUCUGUGCAUCUAACCCUGAACACGAUCUCCUUUAGAGUAUGGGACACUGUCAGCUCUUGUAAGGGGGGCCAUUGUGAUUUCAGGCCAUCAGUUACAUAGUUCCAAAAAGAAUCAGAGACCCAGGGUCAGCCAGUUAGGAGCUUCGGUUUAGGUCGGAGCAGUAUUUGAACUUGCAGGCUGCAGGGGUCUGUUUCCAUUAUGUGAAUGAGUUCCAUGGAGGGUCUUGGAUGUCACUGGUAGUAGGCUGAGUUUGGGAUACGCUCAGAGUCUGGGCGGGAGUCUGCCUGGUUCAUCUUGCUCUGCCCAGUGGCUGAAGGUUUCUGAGAUCCAAGAGUAGCAAACCAGACCACAAGGCUGAUGGUUUUGUCCACUUAGGCUCUCACCUGCUCUUGAGAAACAAGACAGUUAGCUUUGUUUUUCUGAGCCCUUUGAACCCUUUGGUUGAGUCUUCCUUUUCAGAAGCAGAUGUAUUUUUAUCCCCAAAGCUCUUUGCUUUACUACACAGGGGCUUGUCCCAAAGUAAAAGGCUCUUUUGUUAGAAUAUUUUCCUUUCUGCCUUUUUACUUUUUUUUUUUUUCUGGUUUGGGGGCUCUUUGGCUACUCAGCUGCUUGAGGUUUACGCUCCUGCAUUUACCAGAUUUGCAGCGUGUCAUUUGGAGAUGUGAAGUGAGCAGUUCUUGCUCAGAACCCUUCUCUGCUUGUAGUUAUGUUUGAUGGCUCCAGGGCCCUUCUCGCAAGGGUCGCAAGUCUAAAUUGAUGGCUGUUUGCUCUAGGAGGCCAUCAGUUCCUUCUUGUGGAAAAGGGUCUGAAAUGGAGAUCAGAAUGGAAGAGGGAGCUGGUCCUGCUUAGGCAGGGCUUAACUGUACUGAAAUCUGAUUUAAGAUCCCUUCCCUGAUCUGCACCUAAGCCUGGUCUGAAUGGUGAGAUUUGCACAACUAGAAUUCAAAAACAACCUGGAGAAAAAAAUUAGUUAAUAGUAAUUAGAAUAUAUUUGGGUAAAGUUGCUAUUUAUUCUGGAAAUCUACAGCUUUUGAUUUUCCCCCCUUGCCCUGUGGACUCCUUCCUAGCCCUAUCACUAUCCUUAGGCCCCACAGUGCAGUCCUGACAUCCCACCUGGGGCCCAGGUGAGACUCCCACACUCCCUGAGCAAACGCACACUCACAGUUGCUGGGAUGCUGGUAUUUGAAAGUCCUGGUUCUCACCCUCUCUUUAUGCCACAGGCCAAAUGGCCUCAUGGUUGAGGAGGGGAUUUCUGUAGUUUCAAGAUUGAGAAAACCUCUUAGCCAGCCAUGUUCCAGAAAGCAGAGAUCUGUUGUAGUUUCAAGAGCCAGUGUCUGUUUAGUUUGUUUAGGUUCUCAAAUUGACAAGCAGAGAGCACAGCUAGAUCUGCUCUCCUCGAAAGGGCGAAGAGCAGCUGCCAGGACUUCACCGGAAAGGCCACACACCCUUCUGGGCUCUUACUCUGGUGACCCUUUGACUUGUUCGCGGCCCCUGAGCUGAAGCUGCCUUUGUUUUUCUUGUCUCCUCUGAAGGGAGAGGAGGAAGUGCUGAAUAAAUUAGGCCUCAGGUUCCACAUCAGAGAGCUGGUGAAUGGGUACAAGACUUCAAGAGCUUGAGUGUUUACACUCCAGAGAGUUGUAACCUCUCCUUCCCUGUAGGAAUCGGGCUGCAAGAUGAGAACUUGAAGAUGGGAGAUAUUUGAUAAUGAGGUGAGAAUUUAUCAGAACCAGGAUUGGCUCUCAGAGAACUGGUUAAGAUUCGGGAAGAAACAGAAAAAAUUGAGACUUCUACAAGGUUUGAUGAUAGUGGUGGCUGAAAUUUUAGGAGGCAGUUUAGGAUGUGGGAGAAAAUCAAUGGUAAGUGUUGCUUUAGAUCAAAGGGGAAAGUAUUAGAGGGCAGUGAUGGCCCGAGGGGAGGAAGUAUUCAGAUGCUGUGUGGCAUGGAGUGAGACUGUGUCAGGGACCCUUCAUUGGGUACCUGUGAUACUGGCUAACGGGACAGGAGGACAGCUCAGAGCAGUGGGGCCCCUCCCUGCAGCAGCGCAGUGAUAUGUGAUGUUUGCUGGUAGAAAUCCUCAGGUCUUGGGAGUCCCGUGAUUGUUCGAGACCAUGGCUCUUCUUGGUUGUAGGUUUGUAGGGAGCUGAAGAAGCAGAGGUCAUAAACAGUCAUGCUGAAUUUCCCCACGCCUCCCUUUUCUCUUAUCCUUCUCUUCCCACUCCCUUUCCACUGUAGAACUUUCUCCCUGCUGCAGCCUGGGCCUUAAAUUCCUAGGCUGUGCAGAAGCUGCAAGGUUUUCCAAACUUGGCAGUGCCAGCCCAGUACCAUCUCUCCACCUUCCCCAGUUUGAGAAUUUGGCAGUUCCUUCAACUGCCUGGCUUGGGGUAAGGGAGACCAUCGAAGUAGAAGUCUCAAAGCAGACUCCCCUUUACGGUCCAGGAUGAGGAAGGAGCGUCAUGCUUGGCACUUCAGUUGAGUUUUCCCUGGGAGGAAAGCUGAACUGAGCAGUCACUGUGAACUCAGGGCCAAGCUCUCUAAGAAUUGUCUUUUCUGUACCAGCUGAACUAGCUACUGAGAAAGUCUCAUGUUGCAGAGCCUUGCCCACCACCCCAUCUGCACCCUUUUCUUCUCCCACAGUUGUCAUUGCUGCUAAUGGUCAAAGGCAAAUGUAUGGGCCAAGUCCUCUCAGGCUACUUUCCGGAUGUUAUUUUUUAAAUAUGGGAUAUGCAGGUGCCUUUCCAAAGAGGCUUGGACUGGUAUUAAAAACCAGAAACAAAUAAGCUAAUAGAAGUAUGAACUCAAGAAGAAAGAUGUUGGCAGUCUGUGUAACAGCUGGAAAACUUUAAAUGCCCACCUUUGGGACAAGUGAGUGAAGAUGAACUUGUUUAUCUGCUAUUUAAAAGAAAUGUUCUCACCUUGGGUUGAUUGUGUACAGUAUGUUAUGAAACUUGUUGAGCUAAAGCUUUGACUUGCUUGAGUCGAGUAUGAAUCAUUUGCUUUGGUUCCUGUGUAUUUUAUGAUCCCCCUGUCAGUGACUUUCCAUCCCCAUCCCUCCUCCCCCUAGUGUGAAUUUGUAGCAUGAUUGUACAAACCUCUCUGUAGAAAUGGAGAUUUCUUGUUCUCUGAAAUGUUACGCUCUAGCCAAUCUAGCCUAGUGUGUCUGAACUUACUUUCUUGUUAUAUAUUUAAACUUUUCCUCUAUACUAUGGAUUUUGUGGCAUCCUAUGGUCAGGUGGAGAGGAAGCUGCCCCUUACACAACUGUACUGUAACUAUUUUUCUUUUUAAGAAAUUAUUUUCACAGGACUGAUUGUACACAGGGCUUAUAAUAAAAUUUUAACACUGUGCUGUGAAACCACAAUGGUAAAUCCCCAUUGACGGCUAUUUCAAAAGCACCUAAAAGUGGAGUGUUAUGUCUAUGACUUUAUUUCUUGCUUCCUGAGUAUAUUAAACCUAAUUUUUGCCCUUUCAUUCUGUUUCAGCCUCCUGUAUAAGACCGUAUUUUCUGCCCAUCAUACUUUGUAAUAAAACUUGAACAUGUAUAGGUUGACUGAA